CGCGACUCCGCCGCGCCCCCGCGCGAACUACAGCUCCCGGCGGCCCCCGCGCGGGGACUACCGCUCCCGGCGGCCCCCGCGCGACCCUGCGGCUCCGGAGGGCUCCGGGCGCUUUCCCGUCUCCCGGGAGCGGCUCCGUGCGGGCGCGGCUGAAGCACCUUUGCGAUCAUGAUCCUGCGGCAGAUCCUUCGUCUCUCCUCCCUGUUCCGCUCCGCUGUGUCCGUGCAGCUCCGCAGGAACAUCGGGCUCUCUGCCAUCGUCUUCAACAAGACCAAGGAGCUCGACCCAGUCCAGAAGCUCUUCUUGGACAAGAUCAGAGAGUACAACACGAAGAGCAAGCAAGCUGGAGGGCCCGUUGAUGCAGGACCUGAAUUUCAGAAAGAAAUGAAUGAAUCCCUUGCAAGACUCCAGCGGGCGUAUGGUGAGGGAGAUCUAACCAAGUUCCCAGAAUUUAAAUUUGAGGAGCCCAAAUUUGAGGAGGCUCCAAAGUGAUCUCUGCAGCCGUGUGCAGCCAUGGCGUUGCUGAACAGGGCACCUGUUGUAUCUUAAUAAAUACAGUGUUUCAGUUUGA